AUGAAAAAGUAACCACCGCCUUCAAGUUAAUAACCAUAAUAAAUAUAAUCAAGAAUAAUUCAGAAGGAAGUUUUUUGGGUCUAUCAAGCUUAAAGUGUAUAACAAAGUGCUUUUGAAUAAUAUUUAACAUUGAAUUAAAAAGAGAUCUAUAAUUUAUAAUAAUAAUAAUAAAUUGGAUUCAUGGAAAACAUCUAAUAAGUAUCUAAUUCAAUCAAUAAUCAUAUUCAUCCAUGUUUAUAAAACAAUGCAUAGGAUCAAUUUUUAAGAUUUAAUAGUAUUAAUGUUGAUUGGUUAACGUUGAAACUGAUUCAUCUAUUUAUUAAUAAUAGUAAUUUAAUGGCAAUAGAUUUUAGACACAAUAGAUUUACAAAUUAAGAAUUAGAUGUUGUAUAUUAAAUUUUUGCAUUUUAAAGAAUUAUAAAAGCAUUUAUUGAAUAUAAUAGUAAUGUAAAUAUACUUAAAUUAUGUCCACUUUAUAAUUUAGAAUUUAUAUAUUUAAGAGGAAAUGAGAUUGAAAAUAAUAUAAUAGUUUAAUUUAUGGGCAAUUUACAUAAUAGAGUAAGAGUUUUAGAAUUAGGAGUAAAUAAAAUAAGUCAAGAAGGUGUAGAUGCUAUUGCUGAAUAUAUGGGUAAACAGAAUGCUUUGGAAUAUCUUGGAUUAGCAUAAAAUUGUAUUAAAUCAUUUUAAGAUAUAAAAUUAUUAACAAAUUCAUUUGGAAAGAAUAGAAUAACAACAGAAGAAUUUUCUAAGUAUUUAUUUAUUUUAAAAUUAGAAUUUAAGAAUUAGAAUAAUAACGUGAAUUAUAAAUAUAAAAGUUUUAGAAAUAAAAAAAGAAAUAUACUGAAGAAAUGCUUAUUUAAGUACCUCCUUAUGUAAAAAUUGAUAAUUUUAAUUACACUUUACAAAAUCCAUAAUUUAAAUUACUUAAUCUAUCAGAUAAUUAAUUAGUGGAAUAAGAUAGAGAUUAAAUUGAUAAAUUCUUAAGUAGAUUACUAGAUACUUAAUCUGUAGUAUUGACAAAUAAUUUAUUCGAACAUUCAACUAGAGCUAAAUUAAGGAAGAAAUAUAAAAAAUGUGUAGUAAUUUGA